AUGUCUCUGUUUUACACUGAGCUGUUGGCCAGACUCUGCUCCUUGGCUAAGCCUUUCCCCUCGGUGAUUGGUCAGCUGUGUGGCCAAUGUGAAGAGUGGUUACUGACGCGCCCCGAGCCCAUCCUCAUUCCCAAGUGCAGUUUCCUGCGGCAGCCAGGAGGGGCGCUACAAUACACGCUGACCGGACUGCAGGGAGGUGUGCUCUGUGUGGACCUCAAUGUGGAGGCGGAGCUUCUGGUUGCAGGUUCAGAUGGUGGCGUGGUGGCUGUCUGGAGCCUCUCUGACCACCAGCUCGUACACUCACUGCUAGGACACACAGGUGCUGUUCUGUGCGUCAAGGUGGUUGACAGCGCCGCCAACUGCCUCUCAGUGGCAGCGGAUGGCUCUCUGAGGAGGUGGAGCCUGGUGAACGGCCAACAGCUGCUCUGCAUCAAGGAGGCCAUUCCUGUCGACCCCGCCCCUUCCUCAGUACACAUACACCUGUCUGAACAGCUGAUCUUCAUUUACACCAGGACACAGGUGAAGGUGUGGCAGCUGGACGGGGGUGAGGUCCUCAGCAACACUAAUGCUGACGGGUCGGUGGUGCUGGGAGUUCUGGGAGAAUCAGUGGUUUCUAUGUGUAAUUCUGGUCUUGUCAGAAUAUCUCAACCUAUCAAUGGGACUCAAACUGUUGAGACUCGGCUGGAAAACUGUCAGAGAAGUGUGACCCUGUCUAAAUCUGUUAACUUACCAAAACGUGGGAAAGUCUUCUUUGUUUCUAAAGAAGGCUUCCUCUAUCAGAUUUCCUUGAAGGGGAGACACAUGGCAGUAAAGUUUCCGCUGGUUCCUUCUCUGCUUUCAGUCAAUGAGGAUGAAAACAUACUGGUAGCAGGCAGUGAUCGGACUCUGAGCCUCUUCAACAUCGACGGAGACUCUGUGGACAGAUUCCUGGAGCUCCAACACGACGACAGCGUUUUGUCUGCCUGCGUCUCCUCAGACUGCCGAGUGCUCGCCUCAGGAGCUGCUGACCAACUCAUCAGAAUCUGGUCGGCGACCACCGGUGCGUUGUUGGACACUCUGAGUGGCUCAGACUCCCCCGUCACUUCUGUUCUUCUGUGUCACGGCUUUGUGCUUUCAGCCUCAAAGGCAGAUGCCAGCGUCCGUCUGUGGAGUCUGAAAUACGACCUCCGCCACAAACCCACCGCCACCAUCCCUGCAGGCUGCGCCCACGUGGCCGUCACUGAAGACGCAGACCGGGUUUUUUACGUCCGGCAGCAGAGCCAAACGACGGUCCUCAGCUGGAACAACAACACAGGUCAUUUCAAAGAGAGAGAU